CGAACAUUUGCUUUUCCUUCGUCAACGGCGAGCAAGAGCAAGAAAAAAACGAAAACGACGAGAAAUCCGAGGACAAAAUUUUGUACGCAUCAUCCAGCAGCUUUUUCUCGAACAAGAACCAGUCGAAAAACACCGACCUCAGUGAGACGAGCACGAAGAACUUGCUGUUGACCAAGAAAAGUCGUGGGGUGCAGUCGAACGGCACGCCGAGCGCGUUUACUUUUUUCAGAGAAAAGGAACAAGCUGAAACUGGUCCGCGGGACGAUAGUAUUCCAUUAACGGCGCGGGGGGCUGAAGCGACUGCGUCCGGUGGGAAAAUUUCCGCCGCUGGAGAUACUACGCCUGUCGUGGCCGGUGCACUAGUGCGACCUGCGGCGGGUACUAGUACCGGAGUAGAAAAUGUAGUCGCGCCAGUCUUGUCUUCGUUGGAAGCUAGUCAGCCUGUUGCGGUGCCCACCUCGAUGGCUUGCCAGCCACGGGAUAUCAUGCUCAGUUCCGGUAAAAAUUAUGGAGCACCAACCGGCGCUUCCAAUUCGUUUUUAUCGAAGAAGACGAUUCAGAACUACCCACUCCCGCCCGCAAAUACUGCCAAUGUCAAUGUGGAGACGGAUACGGAACAGCAAACCAGCAAUUUCGUCGUGACGAUGCCUGGCGUACUGGUGAGAGAAAAAAAGCCCUACUCCGAAUUUAUCACUCCACCAACCAUAUCUGACUUUUUCACCGCGAUGCCACCGGUUGCGAAAGCCAGAGAAUCCUCGAUGGUCCUAACCACGCAUGCAGAUAUGGUCUCGACGAUAAUUCCAGACGAUGAUUUCGAAGCCAGCAAUCAGCAGAAACAACGUGCGGAAACGUAUUUCGGCUUCCAGCCACAGCUGCGACCGACGGGGAGGUUCACGGGUUUUGACAACGUAAAUUUUCGUGGUACAACUGCAGCGCAAACGUCUACUGGGUUGUUGAAUUCUGACAUCAGCACGUACAACCAGACGAGGGCGACCGCGGCCCGGAUGUCCGCCGCACAGUUCGCCAGUGAUCGAGGCACGGGCACUUCUGAACGAAUUUCCGGCGUGGUCAACACAACUGUGCUGGACAAAAGUGCAGCAAAACAGGAGGACCUGCAGCCGGUGAAGAAAAUCAGCAAGAAAACGCUGUCGCCGCAGGGGCAGUCACAAGAAUCGCUAGUCGUGCAGCGCGAGGAAACACUGCGGAAAUCACAGACCGUAACGGCAGAGAAGCCAGGAGUUCAGGAAUUCAGCACAGUGAUGGAAUUUGACAUUGUCACCAACAAAGACACAGGGAAGCAAAGCCUGCAAGCCGCCACGAAGCCGUUGUUGCCACCAGCGGUGAGCGGCAGCGUUGUGAAGAAUAAAGUGCAAUGGACGCGAACGACCCCCAGUCAGGCGGUCUUCCAGGGCAGCGGCGUGGAUGUUGUUCUGGAGAUGGAAGAGGGGAGAGUGGUACCGGAACGGGAGGAACAAAGAAGUAGCCAGAGACAACAAAGUAGUAACACGGUGGAGAAUAAAGUGCAACAAGCAAAUAACAACGCCGACAGCAGUAAGCCUGCUCCUCUGCUUUACUUGUUCGACCGGCAGUCGGAGCAAGUGUGGAGUGACAAUGAGCACGGGGAUGAUUUUGUGGAAAACAACAAAAAUGGGGACCUGCAAAAAAUUUUUGAACCCUCGUCGUCUUCUUUGGUUUCAGUCGAGUCUGCUGCUACGGCAGAAGACGCAGCCCCAGAAGCUGAUGUUGAAAGAUUGCCAUCGAUGGAAGUGCAGGAAGGAAAAGAAAUAAAUCGGCAGGAAACGAGCUCCCAUGCGGCAGAAUUAGGAGCGGGGGGCCACGUAGAAGUGGAGACAGUAGUCAGAGAAGAAGAAGCUCAUCCUGUUCUACAUCAUCAUGUUCCGACCACAAAUGUAACUGUUUAUCGCAGUACUCUCACCUUGCCAACGCCACUGCUGAAAAUGCCACAGCUUUGCGUCGGGAUCGACAGCUUGCUCUUUCCAGGGCUGCGGAAAAAUGAUGUUCCACCAGUAUCCACCGCGGGGUUGUCAAAUGAACCGAAACCAGUGGUCUCCUCAUUUUCUGCAGGUUCCAAUGUUGCAUCAGCGCCGGAGGUUCUCCAGGCAUCUGAACAAGGAAAAGACCAUCAGCAGUUAUCCCCAGAACCGUCGUCAAAAGGCACCGUGAGCCUGCAGCAGAGUUCGGUUGUCACCGAGGAGAACCACGAAGUUGAGAACGAUAUCCGGGACGAGCACUUUAACGCAGAAGCAACGGCGGUAGAGAAUUUUGAUUCAGGCGAGGGUCACGGAACGCUUAAAGCUGAACUCAUCAAAAGCACACCUGAGUCCGAAGCUAAUCACAAGUUUGACGAGCCUCAGCCUUUCCUUAUCAACACGGAGCAGGCCGCGGCAGAGAUCCAAGCGGCGCUGGCGGCAGAUGUUUUCCCGCUUCCAGUUCUAAUGGCCUCGACAAGCUUUGUUGCAUUAUCUCCUGAUGCGGCAGAGCUCGCGAAAGACUUGCGGUCAACAUCUGCUCAAAAUUUGUCCUCGGAGUUCUUUCAGGACGAGCAAGCAGAUGGUCAACAGGAAGCGGCUCCGGCUCCUGCAAUUACCGUGCGACGAGAGCAGGAAAAAGCUCAAGAUGGAGGUGUAAAAACGACCGAAAAUAUAGAUAGCCAUCCUGUUGACAAAGAACCAAAAAGCGCCUUUCUUUUUUUUCCGGAAUCUCCGGACGACGAUCUUGCGGAAAUCGAGCUUUUGGAGGUUGAUAAGGCAGAAAAUAAACCGAAAAUAAGCAGGCCGAACUCGCAUAAGUCCUACCAUUCAGCGACUAGUGGCACGGUGAUAUUAGCCAAAGCGGACGACGCGGCGACGCUGCUUCUGCCGGAAGUCAUCCACGAUCGGCAUUUUGAGUGCAACGACCGAGACAGUUUUCACCGAAACAUGUUCCAGAACUUCUACCUGCACGCCGGCGAACAGGAGGCGCGGGACCAGUUGCUGACCCUGUCGCAAACCGCCCCACGAAGUAAAGUUUUGGAGUCGAUUCACUUCGAAAAGUUCUUUGAGUCCGCCAAAUCCAGUCGGCAGACCUCCCCGACGAUUGUCCCGCGGAAGUUGACAACGAGUCUGCUCGCAAAACUGCCGGAGGAAAAGAAACGGGGCAAGCUGCCGGCGCGGUUUGUCGGACGCGGGCCAACGCCGUUGUUCGUGAACAACCACGAGAGAAGGCAGGAUGAUGAAGUUGAAAGUCAAAGCACUGUUAAGGUGGUCGACGAGGAUAUCAAGUCGAGUAGGCCCGCAAGCAGUUCGUCGAAUAGGAGCAGUUCCGGGCAGGAGGGCAAGGAUUUUAAGGACAAGGAGCAGGCCACCGGCCGUCAACAGGGAGAAAAACAAGAAGACCAGAGCGGGGACGAGGAGUACAACGACGAGGAAGAAGAAAGUAGUGAAUACACUUACACGGACGACUCGCUCUCCGACAAAUCUGAAUUGACGAAGCAGUCGCAGAAGCAGCUCAGACGCGCUUUAGAGGCGGGAAAGCUGGACCACCUGGAGAAGCGGCAACUGGAGGCAAUUCGGAGACUCGUGAAGUUUGGCAGCUUGAAGAAAAAGAAGAAACCGGAGGUUCUUGUGGAAGAAAAACAGGCAAGUAGCGGAGAAAAGCAGGGGGAAAUCAAAGCGGAUUCGAGGAGAAGAAAACAGGAGAUCGACUUGCGCAGCAGCGAAGAUCAGGCGUCUUCAAGUAGUGGAAAUUCGUCAAGUCAAGUUCAAAUCCGGCCAGGACAGAACAAAAAUGAGAAGUCAGAUCGGGUUCAACAUCCGAAGGGGAACAAAGCACUACAACCUGUUCGCGGUGUGGCAACAUCUUCAGAAGAAGAGGAGGAGGGAGAGAGCAGUUCUGGUAAAAAUUCGUCCUCUAACGGAGUGGAAGAGGAAGAACCAAGCUCCUCUGGUACUAGCGGGCUUACGGAGGUGGACCACGACCAGCAUUCCAGUAGCAGCGGCAACACAAUGUUCGACAGUAGCGGUGCUGAACAAGCCAACCCGAGACGGAGCGAAGAGGAAAAAAGCUCGAUGCUGUCAUCUGUAGAAAGCGAGAGUAGUUCCUCGAAGAGCUCGGGGAGCGAGGCGGUGAGUAGCAGUGGUUUAGCAACUACAUCUUCAUCCGAAGAACAGUUUUCUGCCGGACAAAAUCAAACGAUUGUAACUUCCUCGGAGGCCGCCUCGGGUUCGGAGGACCCGUAUCAAACGUUAGAGAAAACUCUGGAAAAAGAAGACAAGCUCGCGGCUGAAGAGCGGACUCAGCGGGCGAGCAACACUAGAAUGGACGGAUCAAGUCAGAAGGAAAAGCGGAAUCGCAGGAACGGCAUUGCAAAAAAGUGGAAGGAACAAGCAAGGCUGAAAAAGCAAGAGCUCAAGGACGUCGAGCGGGCGAAAUCUUCGGCGAGCGAGGAAGCAGGACAAUCUGUGAAGCAGGGUGCAAAAAAAUCGACCGCUGAGGUCGUCCGCCGCAGGGUUACUUACAGGAAUGAAAAGAGGAAUGAGAAAGACCAGGCACCAGUUCCUUCUCCACGCCCCAUCGACGAAGAAGAUCUGUUAUUGACUGACUUGAAUGAAGAAGAGGGAAUGGAGGCAGGAGCUGCAGCUUCCAGUCCCGUUGGGUUGUUGGUGAAGAAUCUGUUCUCAUGGACCGCGGAUGGAAUUCGGAGUUUAGCUUCCAGUCCGGGCGGCGGGAAAGAAAAGGAAUAAGGUAAGUGUCACAUGAUUUCAGGCUCCUUUACUGGCGCGAAAGACUGGCUAGCAGCAGUGGUACGGAAUUAGAGCAUAGAGAAAGAGAAAGUCGUUGAAAAUAUCAUGCAAGUUGUUUCUUUCGGUUUUAUACAUCAUCACAGUGAAUAAAGGUAAAUAUCAUGGUGUUUUGUUUCUUUUUGAUUUUUCCGACCGCGAUAGUUUUCUUUUACCAUUUUGUUUUUAAAGCAAGACAUGACUGCACUGCAGCACCGUUCAUCUUUCUGUUUCAGUUUGUUACUUUCAAGCGAUGUACAAUACCAUCUUCAAAAUCAAAACCAGUACUCGUCCACUAUCUCCAUGUACAUUCUUUUGAUUCAAAACCACUGACCAUUUCCAUGCUGAGAAGAUUCCCUCGGGUAUUUGGACGUUUCGAAGUUUGUAUCUUAGGCAUUGGAUCAUGACCUUAUUUGUGUUUUUCUGCGACCCCG